AUGAAGCGAACAGGCGGCUUUGCGCUUGCUGUCCUCUUUGCCACUGCUGUUGCUGCCCCAAUCGUACGCCCCAUUCGAUUCUGGAACAGCAAUCUCUUGCUGACUAGUUCUGCCUCUGCAGUCCACAGAUCGUCUUCUACCUGCUACUGCUGCUCUUUCGGCUCGCAGCAAAUGCCCACCUACCGGAGCGGCGCUGACAGUCCGCCUGCUGCUGACACCGAAGCUCGCAUCGAAUCCAACCCGCCUACAAGGCGCCCCAACAGCCACGGCGUCGAGCCACUGCCGCCGUACGAGGGAGGUCACACCCCUGCUGACCUUGCAGCUCGCGAUCAAGUUGCUACGAAUGACGGAACCAAAUGUCCGCCGUCCUCGCAGGGCUACCACGGCUCCGUGGCCUCAGGUCACAAUCCGACCCCUCACACGCGACCAUGCGAUCACGCUGGUAGCGGCGGCGGCAGCCCGCCUGAUACUGCAGCACUCGAAGCUCGCAAAGAUAACUUCGACCCGUAUCGAAAGAUGGAAAUCAAAGCCAAGGCGUGUCUCAAGAUCGACGCCGCGCCCGGCGGUAAAUACAAGAAGAAUAUCGUGACGGUGGAACCUCGUCAACUCAAAACGAGCGAGCGCCUGCGGGCGCUUGAGAAGAAGAGACCCUAUCCGCUCCAAGUGCCGCCGGUUCGCGCAUAG